UCCUCAUAAUCCAAGCCGAUGGCUCCACUCAACCUGCGCAGAACCGAGCCACUCAAGGCCGCUUCCGCGCUUUCAAGUCUCUUCCAAGUGCUGUGCCCACAACGAAGUCUGGGACGUUCGCAGAGUUUCUCAGGAGUCGAACAUCACCAAGUACAGCGAUCGAUAACCAUGAUGUCGAGACGUCCGCAAAUUGUGGCAUCGCAGACUAGCUGUCAUCAAUCUCUCUGGGCGAGGAAGGUGUGAAGAGUGAAAGUGUUCUCGUAGCGACUCCCUCGACAGCCACGCCUGCCCACCGCCAGGUCCGACCUUUGGAGCCACUCUCAUCCUUGAAACCUCACAUUCAGCGAUACAUAUCACUCACAAGCCCUCACACGGCAGCAUCAUAAUAUCACUCACUCUACCAGACACUCAUUCUGCAGAUCUCACUAUGGACUACU